AUGGAGAUAGCCUUGGUGAGCUUUGAUAACGGCAACGCCAAAGGGAGCGGAGGAGGUGGUGGAGGAGGAGGAGGAGGAAACUAUGCCGAGGAGAGCUGCCGGAACGCGCUGGAUGUCCCUCAGCCGGGCUUCGUUCAAACCGGACUUGGAGAGGACUUCGGGAAAGAGCUGAACACCCGGGGGAGCCCUCAUCCUCCUCCUCCUCAUCUUCAUCCUCCUCCUCUUCAUCAACAGAGCUCCUGGAGAAUCAACGACAUGAACAACACGCUGAGCUGCAGCGAGAACACCAUGGACGCGCUUUUACGCACGGACUACAGCCCGCACCUGUUCGACGAGGAGCAGCUGGACGCCGACGCGGACGGCGGCGAGCGCGUGCUCAUCAACAUCGCGGGGCUCCGGUACGAGACGCAGCUGGCGACCCUGAACCAGUUCCCGGACACCCUGCUGGGGGACCCCGACAAGAGGAUCAAGUACUUCGACCCGCUCCGGAACGAGUACUUCUUCGACCGCAACCGGCCGAGCUUCGACGGGAUCCUGUACUUCUACCAGUCCGGCGGCAAGGUGCGCCGGCCCGUCAACGUGUCCAUCGACGUGUUCGCGGACGAGAUCCGGUUCUACCAGCUGGGGGAGGAGGCCAUGGAGCGGUUCCGCGAGGACGAGGGCUUCAUCAAGGAGGAGGAGAAGCCGCUGCCCCAGAACGAGUUCCAGAAGCAGGUCUGGCUUAUCUUCCAGUACCCGGAGAGCUCCAUCCCGGCGCGCGGCAUCGCCAUCGUGUCCGUGAUCGUCAUCCUCAUCUCCAUCAUCACCUUCUGCCUGGAGACGCUGCCGGAGUUCAGGGACGAGCGGGAGCUUCCGGCGAGCAACCGGGCGGCCAACAGCACGGCGCCGCGGCCCUCGCUCACCUUCACGGACCCCUUCUUCAUCAUCGAGACCACGUGCGUCAUCUGGUUCACCUUCGAGCUGUUCGUGCGCUUCUUCGCGUGCCCGAGCAAGUCGGAGUUCUCCAAGACGGUGAUGAACAUCAUCGACAUCAUGUCCAUCAUGCCGUACUUCAUCACGCUGGGCCUGGAGCUGGCGGAGCAGCAGAACGGCGAGCAGGCCACGUCGCUGGCCAUCCUGCGCGUCAUCCGCCUGGUGCGGGUCUUCCGGAUCUUCAAGCUGUCGCGGCACUCCAAGGGGCUCCAGAUCCUCGGGCAGACCCUCAAGGCCAGCAUGCGGGAGCUGGGCCUGCUCAUCUUCUUCCUCUUCAUCGGAGUCAUCCUCUUCUCCAGCGCCGUGUUCUUCGCGGAGGCCGACGAACCGGAGUCCCACUUCUCCAGCAUCCCGGACGCGUUCUGGUGGGCCGUGGUUACCAUGACGACGGUGGGCUACGGAGACAUGAGGCCGGUGACCGUGGGGGGGAAGAUCGUGGGCUCGCUGUGCGCCAUCGCCGGCGUGCUCACCAUCGCGCUGCCGGUGCCGGUCAUCGUGUCCAACUUCAACUACUUCUACCACCGCGAGACGGACCAGGACCAGUCCUCGCUGAAGGAUGAGCCGCCGCGCGAGAGCCCGGAGCCGCCAGAGAGCGGCGAGGCGCCCGCUCCGCUGGAGAAGGCCAACAUGAAGGCGAACAGCCGCCUGGACUUCAAGAGGAGCCUCUACGCGUUCUGCCUGGACACGCGCGAGACGGACCUCUAG